AUGGCUCCAGCUCCCAGGAGAAGCAGUAGAAAAGAUGUCAACGCCUUGCCGAGCAUGUCCUCAACUUUCUGGGCUAUCAUGAUCCUGGCCAGUCUACUAAUCGCUUACUGCAGUCAACUGGCUGCAGGUACAUGUGAGAUUGUUACUUUGGACAGAGAUAGCAGUCAGCCCCGAAGGACUAUAGCCCGACAAACAGCUCGCUGUGCAUGUAAAAAAGGACAGAUUGCCGGUACAACAAGAGCAAGGCCAGCCUGUGUUGAUGCACGAAUUAUCAAAACAAAACAGUGGUGUGAAAUGCUUCCAUGUUUAGAAGGAGAAGGCUGUGAUUUGCUAAUCAAUAAAUCAGGCUGGACCUGUACACAACCAGGAGGUCGGAUAAAGACAACCACGGUCUCCUGACAAAUGCAGCAACACAGAAUCCUCGUAGGAGUGGUUUAGGCUCUGUGUGAGCUACUUAGUCAAGUUUCACUGCUGUGGAUCAUCAUCCGUUCUAUGUCAUCAACUCAAUUGUCUGUAUCUUUGUAUCUCAUGAAAGACAGCAUAAUUCCUCUACAUUAUGAGCUAAAGUUUGUUCUACCAUACUAAGGAUCGCUGGACUAAGGAAUAUAGAAAAAAGAGAUAUGCUUGGGCAUUAGCAAUACAAAAAAAGUUCAUGGUUAACGUUUCAUCUGCGUGAUACACCACUGCUGGACUUGCUGUUAUCUACAUGUUUUAAUCCGAAGAGUCUGCUACAAUGAAGAGUAUCAUCCCAAUCAGCCUUAGAGAAGACUGUUUUGCCUAUGGGAGGACACUGAGGUGCAAAAGAGAAACUCUUCUUGUGCCCUAAACUGUCUGAAUUGCUUUUAUUUUCUUAUACUUUCAAUAUAUACAAUAGACCAAAGAGCAAAAUCUAUUUUAAAGUGGACACAAUCUUACUGUUAACAGAGUUAUGUCGUUAAAUUGUAGGGGGUCUCCACAAAGACAUGACUCCAGCUUUCACAAAGCUGAGCUGUUGUCCAGCAGAAGUCUUUAUGGAAAGCUGCAGUAAAAACUAACCCAGAGACCAGCUCUUGAAAUGCCACUUUCGAGAGAACAUAAUGGAGCACUGAGAGGAAAUGACCUAUGUUUGAAAAACUUGGACAAAAAGAACACAAACUGUCUACACGGCACCUUUAUUCCUCUGUACUUAGAUUGACUUUCUCGUACUAAAAUCAUUUUCAGUUUUAACCAGUUAAACAUGCCUCUUCUACAGUUCCAUUUUUGAUAGUUAAAGUUGGAUAAUACAGUAUUUGCAAAGAGCAUGUUUGGUCAUCUGUGGCCUAUGUCUCAUCUGAUACACCAUUUAGCACCAGAAAGCAAAUUAAAAAGAAAACAAAAGUAACACUUGUUUGAAAGAGAUCAUUAAAUGUAUUUUGAAAAGCCUAAAGUUAUAUAUUUAACAGUUUUUAUAUGUUGUAUAUUUGUAGAAAAUCCUAUUUAACAAUUAACGUGAUAACUCUGACAGUCAUGACAAGUGGUUCAGAGUUAAGUUGUGUUUUAUUACUUCAGUUGUCUCUGAAGUGACUGGUGUCGUUUGCUUUCUUCCAUUGGGACAUUCUGGAUGUGAAGCAUGACCAGAGAGGACUGUGUAGAAAAAGCAAAGAAUAAUGUUGUUUAUAUUACAUAAAUGCAUUCAACCAUUGCACUGUUGGAAGGCAUUUUUUAUUUUUAUUUUUUUUUUGUCUUUACGUACUGAUAAAAAUAGAGUGUAAAAUAUUUUACUCAUUGCUCUUCAUAGCAAGGUUUGUUUCUCUCUCUCUCUCUCUGUCCUACUUUUAUGUAAUACAGUGUAAGGGUCUGUUUGCAGCCUGUUCCUUGAUCCCAUUUUCAGUGUUUUACCUCAUUGUUAGAAAGUCCACUGUUUCAGCAUUAUUGGUUAGUGAAAAUUUAGCAAUGAUGAGGGGAAAAAUAUGAUAAACCAGAGAAACAAACAAACAAACAAAACUUGCUCCCUUUUAAUAUACCUUUCUAUGUGUAAGUUUCGUACAUACCGGUAUGAUGCACUCAAGAAGGAAGCUUCAUUUCCUCCUGGCAAAUGUAUUAAGGUUUCAAGUAUACUACCUAAUACUCCAAUUAACUUUUAGUAUUAUGCUAGUUCUAUGCUACUAAAGAAAAAUAUAUAGAGAUUGUUCAAGUGACCAUAGUUGAAAGUUUCAAAAAUGAAAAGUUGAUUAAAGAAUUUUUUUAAGGCCUGUUCUAAUACAGGCCUCUUCUUACUUAAUGAAGAGGUUACAGGAAAGAUGAACUAUAGAUGAUUUUGUCUUCAAGUAAAAUAAAUAUAUACAAAUUAUUAUUUAAUCUUAGGAUUUUGACCAGUGUCAAGGUAGCAAUUAAAGCCCAGCCACUUGAAAAGUGUUAUGGACUGACUGCACUAUAAAUUACCAAUGUCAGGUUUAAAAUGUCAUGCAAUAAAUGAUGGUAAAUACAUUUACUGUAUAUGUAGACCUCAAGAGCCAGAUCCCUCACUCUACCAACUCUCUGUUUUGAUUUAUUUUAAAGGGAGUGUAGUAGCCUUAUUUAGUUAAUACAGAACAAUUAAAGAUGUUAC